CUGUGUUUAUAGCAAAAGCUUUUAUUUUUAUUCCAGGCAGUGUGACAUAUUAUAGAGAAACUAACACUGUUUUUCAUUGAACGUUGCAUCCACAAUGUCCAAGUGGCUUGUUUUAGUGCUCUUAUUCGCACAAUAUUGUGAAGUUCGUUCGUACAAGCCUGUUGUUAUUAUUCAUGGCAUUCUGGACACUGCCGAAUCACUGAACGAUCUGAAAUCGAUGAUAGAAAAAGCACAUCCGGGUACAAAUGUCACAGUUAUAAAACUGUAUCCUGAGAUUCAAAGCUUAUCGACACCAAUGUGGGUUCAAGUUAACGGAGUUUCAAAAGUGUUGAAGGAAAUUAUGGCGAAGUCUAAAGAUGGCGUCCAUUUGAUAGGCUUUUCCCAAGGUGGUCUUGUAGGAAGAGCCGUUAUUGAGAGCUGCAACGAUCAUAAUGUUCAAAACUUCAUUAGCCUUUCCAGUCCUCAGAUGGGAGAGUACGGAAUACCAUCGUUGCUCGCAAAAUUUCUUCCUUCGGUGACAAAAGAGUAUUUGUACCUCUUUCUUUACAAAAAAGGGUUUCAAGACCAUUUGACCAUUGCUAACUACUGGAACGAUCCAAAGCAUACGAAAGAAUAUUUGGCUGGAAACAUCUUCUUGCCACUCGUCAAUAAUAAUAACAAUUCAAAAUUUGCCGAUAAACAAAAGUAUCGGCUUCAGAAAGAGAAUUUUUCAAAACUCAAAAACAUAACCGUGAUCAGUGGACCUCAAGAUGGCGUCAUCAUUCCCUGGCAAUCAGCGUUAUUUGGCUUCUACGAUGCAAGUCUUAAUAUUGUACCAAUGGAAAAACAGAAGGCAUACACCGAGGACUGGUUUGGCUUGGGUACACUUGCAAAAAGAAAAGCAAUUCAUACAUUUAUGUUUGAAAAUAUCACACAUACAUCAUGGCAUGGAUCCGAAGUCGUUUUCAACAAAGCAAUAAAGCAAUGGUUGACUUGAAAAAUAGAAAUUAUUUCUAUGAAAAAAUUCAUGUAACCGUUCUUUUUUGCGCUCUCGAUCGAUCUUCAUAUUUGGUUUCUGUUUGUAAAAAGUUUUAGUCAGUCAUUCGACCUCUAUGACUAUGUAAAGUUGAGGAUUGAGCAAAAAUGAAUUUGCACGAGCGUGCAAAAUAGUUCUUAGAAAAGGUAUGCAUUCAAGCAAUUCAUUCUUAAGUGGGUUGCUAUAGAGCAGACGAGAUGUAUUGUAUUAUCUUACGCCAUGUUUUAAUAAAAGAAU